CCUGGCCCCUCACCCCCAGCCCGGCCCGCGAGGGGGCCGCGGCCGGCGCCAUGCUGCGCCUGGGGCUGUGCGCGGCCGCGCUGCUGUGCGUGUGCCAGCCGGGCGCCGUGCGCGCCGACUGCUGGCUCAUCGAGGGCGACAAGGGGUACGUGUGGCUGGCCAUCUGCAGCCAGAACCAGCCGCCCUACGAGACCAUCCCGCAGCACAUCAACAGCACGGUGCACGACCUGCGCCUCAACGAGAACAAGCUCAAGGCCGUGCUCUACUCCUCGCUCAACCGCUUCGGGAACCUCACCGACCUCAACCUCACCAAGAACGAGAUCUCCUACAUCGAGGACGGCGCCUUCCUGGGCCAGUCGAGCCUGCAGGUGCUGCAGCUGGGCUACAACAAGCUCAGCAACCUGACGGAGGGCAUGCUGCGCGGCAUGGGCCGCCUGCAGUUCCUCUUCGCGCAGCACAACCUCAUCGAGCUGGUGACGCCCGCCGCCUUCUCCGAGUGCCCGAGCCUCAUCAGCAUCGACCUGUCCUCCAACCGCCUCAGCCGCCUCGACGGCGCCACCUUCGCCAGCCUGGCCAGCCUCAUGGUGUGCGAGCUGGCGGGCAACCCCUUCAACUGCGAGUGCGACCUCUUCGGCUUCCUCGCCUGGCUGGUGGUCUUCAACAACGUCACCAAGAACUACGACCGCCUGCAGUGCGAGUCGCCCCGCGAGUUCGCCGGCUACCCGCUGCUGGUGCCCCGGCCCUACCACAGCCUCAACGCCAUCACCGUGCUCCAGGCCAAGUGUCGCAACGGGUCGCUGCCCGCCCGGCCCGCGAGCCACCCCACGCCCUACUCCACCGACGCCCAGAGGGAGCCCGACGAGAACUCGGGCUUCAACCCGGACGAGAUUCUUUCGGUGGAGCCGCCGGCCUCGUCCACCACGGAUGCGUCGGCGGGGCCCGCCAUCAAGCUGCACCACGUGACCUUCACCUCGGCCACCCUGGUGGUCAUCAUCCCACAUCCCUACAGCAAGAUGUACGUCCUGGUCCAGUACAAUAACAGCUACUUCUCCGACGUCAUGACGCUGAAGAACAAGAAGGAGAUCGUCACGCUCGACAAGCUGCGUGCGCACACCGAGUACACCUUCUGCGUGACCUCGCUGCGCAACAGCCGCCGCUUCAACCACACCUGUCUGACCUUCACCACGCGGGACCCGGUCCCCGGGGACCUGGCGCCCAGCACCUCCACCACCACCCACUACAUCAUGACCAUCCUGGGCUGCCUCUUCGGCAUGGUCAUCGUGCUGGGCGCCGUCUACUACUGCCUGCGCAAGCGGCGCCUGCAGGAGGAGAAGCAGAAGUCCGUCAAGGUGAAGAAGACCAUUCUGGAGAUGCGCUACGGGGCCGACGUGGAUGCCGGCUCUGUCGUCCACGCUGCCCAGAAGCUGGGCGAGCCCCCCGUGCUGCCCGUGUCUCGCAUGUCCUCCAUCCCCUCCAUGAUCGGGGAGAAGUUGCCCGCCUCCAAGGGUCUGGAGGCCGGGCUGGACACGCCCAAGGUGGCCACCAAGGGCAACUAUAUCGAGGUGCGCACCGGCACGGGUGGGGACGGCCUGGCGCGGCCGGAGGAUGACCUCCCGGGCCUGGAGAACGGCCAGGGCUCGGCCGCGGAGAUCUCCACCAUCGCCAAGGAGGUGGACAAGGUCAACCAGAUCAUUAACAACUGCAUCGAUGCCCUCAAGCUGGACUCGGCCUCUUUCCUGGGGGGUGGCAGUGGCGGCGGGGACCCAGAGCUGGCCUUCGAGUGCCAGUCCCUCCCCACAGCCGCCAGUGCCUCCUCGGCCGCCGCCCCCGGGGCGCUGGAGCGGCCCAGCUUCCUCUCGCCCUCCUACAAGGAGAGCUCCCACCACCCGCUCCAGCGCCAGCUGAGCGCCGACGCCGCCGUGGCCCGCAAGACCUGCAGCGUCUCGUCCAGCGGCUCCAUCAAGAGCGCCAAGGUCUUCAGCCUGGACGUGCCCGACCACCCGGCCGCCGCGGGGCUGGCCAAGGGCGACUCUAAGUACAUCGAGAAGGGCAGCCCUCUCAACAGCCCGCUGGACCGGCUCCCGCUGGUGCCGGCGGGCGGCGGGGGCGGCGUCCACCACCUGGAGGUGAAGCCCGCCUACCACUGCAGCGAGCACCGGCACAGCUUCCCGGCCCUGUACUACGAGGAGGGCGCCGACAGCCUGAGCCAGCGCGUGUCCUUCCUCAAGCCGCUGACCCGCUCCAAGCGGGACUCCGCCUACUCGCAGCUCUCCCCCAGACACUACUACUCGGGGUACUCCUCCAGCCCUGAGUACUCCUCCGAGAGCACGCACAAGAUCUGGGAGCGCUUCCGGCCCUACAAGAAGCACCCCCGCGAGGAGGUGUACAUGGCCGCCGGCCACGCCCUGCGCAAGAAGGUCCAGUUCGCCAAGGACGAGGACCUGCACGACAUCCUGGAUUACUGGAAGGGGGUCUCGGCCCAGCAAAAGCUGUGACCCUCUCCUCCCCGGUGAGGUCGGAGGGGGCGGGCGGGGGCGCGUGGGGCAGGGCCCUGGCGGCCGGGCGGGGCGCGCUGGGGGCCGAGGCCGAGGAGUGGACGCACACGCACACCCGCACGCACGCACCCACGCACACACCUGACCACCACCUGACUGUGAACAACUACCACCCAACAAUAACGGACAGGAAAACAGAGACACGUUCUCCUUAAAGUUUACACACUGAUACCGAAA